AGAGGACAUUCCCACAUGGAAUUCAGAUUUUGUGUUGAAUGUGGCUGAAAGUAGAGAUCCAGUGACAGACAGUGCAGCUCCGGUGUCCUGCAAUGAAAUGCUAAAGCACACAUGUCUCUGCUUCUCUUCUGUCAGUUCCAGCAAGCUUGCUUACGGCAUUUGUCAUGAAUCUUGCAAACUGUGUUGACAAAAAGCAAUGGGAGAUUGUUUCCUCCCCGGGUCUUUAUAUUCAGACCAUAGCUGCUCCCUCUUUCCUACUCACAUUUUCCCAUAUGUUGACUUUGGAAAAUUCUUCUCCGAUUUCGUUGGGAAGUGCAGGAAACUCUCGUUGGUAGAGGGUUGCCUAUUACUCCCUCUAAUUCUGCUGCUCACAUCUGGAAAGGAUCUGGCUUGGAAAGGGGAGACUCGCUUUGAGCUCAGCGCAUGUAACUGACAUGGCAUGAGCCGCGGGAGCCUGGGGGGGGGCAAGAGUAAUGUUCUUCUCCAGUCGUCUGAUUUCUGACAGCAAAGGGGCGAUGCCCGCGGGCGGCCGGGCGGUGCGGGCGCUGCUGUCGCUGCUGUCGUUGCUGUCGUUGCUGUCGUUGCUGUCGCUGCUGCCGCGGAGCUCCGCCGCCCGCCCGGCCCCCGCCUGCCCCCGCGACUGCGGCUGCACCCAGGAGGGCGUCGUGGACUGCGGCGGCAUCGACCUCAAGGAGUUCCCGCUGCUGCUGCCCGAGCUCACCAACCACCUGUCCCUGCAGAAUAACCAGAUAGAAGAAAUAUUUCCAGAAGAGCUUGCUCGUCUUCACAGACUGGAAACUCUCAAUUUGCAAAACAACAGGCUAACUUCAAAAGGGUUGCCAGAGGAAGCAUUUGAGCAUCUGGAGAACCUGAAUUACCUGUACCUGGCAAACAAUAAGCUAACAGUGGCUCCAAAGUUCCUACCAAAUACCUUGAUAAGUGCAGAUUUUGCAGCCAAUUAUCUCACUAAGAUAUACGGACUCACAUUUGGACAGAAACCAAACUUGAGAUCUGUGUAUCUUCAUAACAACAAGCUUUCAGAUGCUGGGUUACCUGAUAAUAUGUUCAAUGGCUCUAAUAAUGUGGAGAUACUUAUCAUGUCCAGCAACUUCUUGAAGUAUGUUCCGAAGAAUCUUCCUCCAGCACUAUAUAAAUUACACUUAAAGAACAACAAGCUAGAGAAGAUUCCCAAAGGAGCCUUCAGUGAACUUUCAGGUCUACGGGAGCUGUAUUUGCAGAAUAACUACUUGACUAAUGAAGGAAUGGACAAUGAAACUUUCUGGAAAUUGUCUAGUCUUGAAUAUCUGGAUUUGUCCAGCAACAACCUCUCACAAAUUCCAAGUGGUUUACCUCGAAACAUCGUCCUCCUCCACCUGGAGAAGAACGCAAUUAAGGCGAUUGGCAGAGAUGUCUUGACCCAAAUUAAGAACCUGGAGUACCUUCUGCUCCACAAUAACAAAUUAAAAGCCCGAGGUAUUCACCCAUUAGCCUUCCAUGGCUUAAAGAAGCUGCACACUGUCCACCUGUACAACAACAUGCUGGAAAGGAUUCCCAGUGGGCUGCCCCGGCGAGUGAAAACACUUAUGAUCCUUCAUAACCAGAUCUCUGAGAUUAACAGGAAUGACUUUGCUACCACUUACUUCCUUGAAGAGCUGAACCUGAGCUACAAUAAGCUUAAAAGUCCCCAGAUCCAUCGGGAGGCCUUCCGCAAGCUGAGGCAACUGAAGUCCUUGGAUCUUUCCGGAAACAAUCUCCAAACAGUGCCCUUUGGCUUUCCAAAGAACUUGCAGAUUCUGAAGCUGAAGGAGAAUGAGAUAAGCAUCAUCCCCAAAGGGACUUUGUCUGGGAUGACAAAGCUGCGGGAACUGUAUUUGAGCAACAAUAAACUGAAAGUAAAUUCCAUUUAUUCAAGAGCGUGGGAAGAGCUCAGCAGUCUCCAGUCACUAGACAUGUCUGGCAAUCAGCUGACUUCUAUCCCACCAAGCCUGCCAGAAUCCUUAGAAUAUCUGUAUCUUCAGAACAACAAGAUCACAACAGUUUCAGAAAACGCUUUCGAAUCUACACCGAAUAUAAAGGGGAUUUACCUCAGGUUUAAUAAGAUUGCAGUUGGAGCACUGAAGGAAAGUACCUUCCAAAACCUAAAGCAUUUACAGGUACUGGAUAUUGAAGGGAACCUUGAAUUCAGCAACAAUUCAAAGAAUAAGGAUGACUCAGAAGAGGAAAUUGAAGAUGAGGAAGAAGAAGAAGAAGAACUGAGAUAAAACAUGAACUCACACAAGCACAUCAUGUGGGAGGAAAACAUAUGGAAAAUUACAUAUAUGCCUGUGUAUAUAUAUCUAUAUAGAUAUACAGAGAACACUUAGCAAAACGAGCAAUGAAUUAUGCAGAAACUGUCGUGGCACUGGGCCAGGCUCAUGGAACACAGUGUGUUACAGUGCCUUAUUCAGGGAGAGACCCUGAAUGCCUUUCCAAAGCUUCCAAAUCAUCUUAUACAAGACCCAGGAUCAUAAGGGAUUGCUCUGGAACUCACAAAAGCUGGCUUUUGUUUCUUCUGUUUCUCUUUCUUGACUGUUUCCAUCUGUAAUAACAAUAUGGGACUGUUUUGAACACAUGCCUUCAAAUGCUGCUUUUGUCACUGCAUUUUGAGUGAAUCGUGUAUAUGCUGCAUUUCUUUUCCUCCACCCCAAAGAAGCUGUUGUUGAUCAGGUGAAAUGGAUAUUUGCAGUAGUUUCAUGUGUGGAGUGGUAUAUGAGGCAUUUUGGUCAUCGAGCAGCAGCAAUAAUUCUGGAUACAACUAUUCCUCUGUUAUAGCAAUGUGUAUAUUUGGAUAAGAAAAAAAAGUAAGGCUGGAUCCAGUAGUAUUUUAUCUCUACUGCCAAAGCCUGCAGUACAUGCCUGUUUUAGAAAGGUUUUAAGAUAAAACAAUUGCUCUUGUGAAGAUAUAUAUAUAUAUAUAUAUAUAUAAAAUCUGUAAGUCUGCCUUCCAGAGCUUUGGUAAAGUUUCUGUCUUGCUGUUGUUUGCCCAUGUGGCAGUUGUGUGAAUAUCUCUGAAGGUACAUGCAAAAGGCUGAGUAACAGUAUGCAGUUUAAGAUAUGUGGUAGAAUUUGCCACAUAAUGUGUUUUAUUACAUUAAGAGUCAAAAGUGAGACUAAUGAUGCAAAGGAGUGAGUGUGGCGUGUCUUAGGAGAAAACUGUUAAGCAUCAAGAGAAAUUUCUUUGUUGAGUUCAAAUCUGGAGACAACACCUGCUGUUAUACUCUCUUAAAGCCUCACCUAUUUUGUAGUAUUGAGUAGUUUCAGUCCUGUUGGAAUCGUUGAGGAAACCAAGGAAAAUAAGACCUGGAUGUCAAGCUGCCUAUUUAAUUAUAAAGUUCUUCAUCUGAGGUAGCUAAUCUGCUUGAGGAAAUGGUCUUGUCUUUUGAGGAUUUCUGAUUGAACACAUGUUGUUUUGCAUACUGCAUUCCAGGAUUUAUUUGGAAACACAGUUGGCUUAAUUUUUUACCAGCUGUUUUUCCUGCUGGAGAAUAUCUAAUUCUACACUCUCCCUUUGGGUUCCCAUAGCACGUGACAGUAAUUUCAAGCUGUUAUUUCCUACCUUAGACAAUUCAACACAAUCAUGAAUUAUAGAAGGAAAGAUUGCUUCCUGAAUAAAAUAAAAGUUUGGCCCUAAAAAUUGCAACCCCCCACACUUUUUAGUAUCAACUAUACAGCCGAGCAAUAAGAUAGCCUUCCAACUGACUUUUGGGAUAGAUUUCUUUGUAAAAUGUUUACAGAAUAGAGCUUAAAUCAAUUAACUAUCUCCAGCAAACCCCAGUGGAAAUUUUGCCAAUCUUUGCUGAAACAGACUGAUUUAUUAUACUCCUGAGAAUAUGCAGAAUUGUACAGUUUUAUGGGGGACUGUUCCAUUAUCUUUAAACUCCAGUCCCUUACACUGCAAUUCUGUCAGGUGCCCCAGACUCCCUUUGAGUCCCCUGAGAGUCUGAUGUUGUGAAUGCAGGGGUGAAGGUACACUUUUAGCACCUUGUAGCAUCAAGCCCUGAAAUUCAGGAUGAUACAUACACUGUUAAACAUCUUAAAUCAAGUGUCAGCCUUUGCCACGGGAGAUCCACCUACAGUCAAGGGGGAAUAUCUCUUAGACUACUAGAGUUAGGAACCCCUUUUCCAAGUUUAUUUCAAAAUAAUUGCACAUGGAAUCUGUCCUUUCAAGGGGACAGUGCUUUGCAGCAGCAAAAAAAGCGUGAAACAACACCUCCCCCUCCAGAGGAAUGUCUUGAUUUUCAUGUAAGAGAUUGAUGAGGCAGAAUGAUGGGCUCGAUUUCUUGCUUAUGUGGUGUCAUCAGCACCCAUGACAUUGGACAUAAACCUGUCAAACCAAAAUGGCUAUUUGUUUAUUUCAAAGGAAUAAGAGGCUCCUUGAGAGAUGAUGAGGAAGAGUCAGAAGUCCAUGGGACUAAGCCUACAUAUUUUUCUUGGCUGUGGGUGACACCUGUAAGCCCAAGGUCCAUCCCAGACCUUGGGUGGAGGAGGAUCCAGGAACAGGGUCUUUAUUAUUCUCUUUAGUGAAAAUGAGGAGGGUUGGAAAGUUGGCCUUUCCUUAGGCACCAAGUUGGACCAGAAACAGGCAACAUAACUGCUUUUUUUCACGUAACUUUCUUCCUGUGAAUUGCUUGAAUUUGGAAAAGAGAUGAAUAUAAAGUUUUUAAGGUUGAUAAACACCUAUGGAUAGUUAAAAUUUGGAAGUUUAAAGCAUUCAGUUGACAACUUUAUCCCUAAUUAUGUGUUUGCACAUGCUUGGUAUUCAUGCAUGGUCUGUGUGCAAACUGAGGUCCAAAUUUAUUUACUGUUUUCCUUUUAAAGGACGGGUUUCUUCAUUAUAGAGGACACUGCACAAAACAGGAGAAAAAUGGCAUUUUUCUGAGCUUGGAGACUUUUUCACAGCAACAGCAGUACAAAUGCAGCACACGAGCUACCAAGACCUCAACGAGUGCCAAAAAUAGCCCCUGAAUAAUGAGCUUUUAUAACGAGCACGUAGCCCAGCUGCGUCUGCAGUGUGGAUGGGCCAUUCUGCAGCCUUUCUUCCCCUUGUCCGCAUUCCUUCAGGUUCCUUGCUGCCAUGGGUGUCCCCUCGCAAGGACUGGAGACCUGUUGCCCAGUCCCUCCCCACUCCCCUCCCUGCACACUCUCCCUUUUCUUCUGCCUCGGGUAACCCCAGGGGCUUAUUUUUGGGGGGCUUCUGGGAAAAAAGACCAAGGGUGUUUGUAUCUUCCCCAGAGGUUUGCUCUCCCUGCCAAGGGGGUUAUGGCCCUUUUCCCUCCUUGGGUGCCAGGAGAAGCUGCAGGGCCCACAUUAAUGUGGUGGUGGGGUUAGACUGGGUGUGGAGAGCCAGUUUCCAUCUGCUCCCCCUGUUCACAGAAGUGGAGGGCUUCUCCUGCCCCAAAAAGGUCCCACCAAAGGUGCUAACGCCAUCCUGCCUGCAGCGAGGAGAGGCCUAGCCAUGGUGGCUCCUCUUUGGGGAGGGAGGUGGCACAAGGCUGAGGGUUUCCCUCCUCUGACAUGGUGCCACGUAGGUCGCUCUGUGAGGGACAAAAGGACCUCGUGGUGACCAGCAGUCCCCAGCUUUGGCUGACAAGGGCUGUGGGGAAUCCAUGAUGCCAUGUGGGUCCCUCUGUGAGGGAAAAAAAGGACCUCGUGGUGACCAGUAGUCCCCAGCUUUGGCUGGCAAGGAUUGUGGGGGAAUCCAUGAUGCCAUGUGGGUCCCUCUGUGAGGGAAAGAAAGGGCCUUGUAGAUGACCAGCAGUGCCCAGCUUUGGCUGUCAAGGAUUGUGGGGGAAUCCAUGCUGCCAGAGAGGGAGGCAGAAUGAGGGGCUGGGGGGGUCAAGUGCCUUUGUGGUGUCAGGAGGAGGCUCCUGCUUUUCCCUCAGGACCACGUCAGACCAUGCUGCCAUGGCUGGGGUCUAAGUGUUGCGUCUCAUAAGAAGGAUGUGCUUUACACACUAAGCAGAUACUCUUAUAAGGAAAAAUGAAUUAAGAAACAAAGGAAAACUGCCAAAGGAAAACUUUUGACCAGAUUUGAAGGGGGAUGUGGUGGGGCAGGAAGGAGGCUGUGAAGUACUGCUGUGGUGGGGCAGUGAAUAGCUGGCUGCAGACCUCUGGCAGCGGCACAGCAUCUCCGUGGGGGUGCUUCCCGGAGAGUUUCCAAGCACCCUCCUCACAGCCGGCUCUGGGUCAGACAGCCAUGCUGGGGUGAACAUCUGCUGGAUCUUCUGUGCUUUGGGGACUUGGAGAUUACUUUCAUUUUAGCUCUUUCUCAUAAAUACCACAGGAUUGUCCAUUGAAAGGGAUGUUGGAGCUGGAUACCCCAACUCCUGCACGUGCCAAAGAGUCGGGCUGGCAGGUCUGUUCCCGAGGCAUCUGUGGUACAAACCCCCUCCUCCUCUUCUGCAAGAGGGAAAGAGAAGACUUCUUACUGGAAAAGCUGAGGAUCUGGAGUAGCAGCAGUUAGGUACGUGCAGGACUGAGGCUACAGACCUACAUAAACAAAGUGGAUAAGAAUGGAAAGCGUUCUCCUCCCUGAGCUCCAAAUGCCAUUUCUUCUGCUCCUUGGUGGUCCAUGCAAAGUGGAGAGGCAGGAAGGAGCUUCACAACUGUUCUCUUUUGAUGGUCAUUUCUGAUGCUCAGUAAGGGUUUAGUUUACAAUGCUGUUUGUCUCCUUGUUGGCUGAGCCCAGGAAUAUUUCUACAAGUUUUGCUUACAAAAAAGUAAUAAGAAUAAACAUAUAUUUUACAACUAAUAUAUUUGAUGGAGAGCAGCCUCUCGGAAAGUGUCUGUGAUAUAGUCCGAUAUCCUAUUAAUUGAUUUUGCUUUGUACUGUAGUAUUGGUGGGUCUUUCUACCUGGGUUUGGGAAUAGUUGUCCUAAAAACUUAAACUUAUUUAGAGUUUUAUAUAAUAAGAAUUUAUCCUUGGUUUUUUUAAGACAUUUUCUUCUCUAACAGGAUUAAUUUAUAGAUAUCAUUGUAAUUGCUUUAUUAUAUUGCUAACGUAUGAACUGAGAAAAUUCUCCCUAAACCUUCAUUCCCAUUAGUGAGGAAAAUAUUGGUGUGCCCUGUAGCUCUGAUUCAUACUGCUAUUGUAAAGUCAGCCAACUGUGAGAUAUAUGUGGAGGCAGUGGAUGAUAAAUGUGUUCUAAUAAUCCAGUAUACAAAGUGUUUCCAUAAGAAUUCUUUAGUAGUAUCCAAGGACAUUAAACAGUCUACAAAUAAAGUCCUUCUUUAAAUGGUUUUGAAACAGGCAAAGGCCAUUUUAAUGCACAGUUGUACAGUCUGUCUCAAGUUUUCCCCAUAAUAUUGUUCCAGAAUCUGUUUUUAGUAUAUGACUAUGAUACUGUCAAGAAUGCUUCUUCUUCUGAUAAAAAUUCAGAGUAAUUUGCAGCAUUUUCAUCUCCAGUUGCAGACAAGAAUGAACGAGUCUCAUGCAUUUACUACAUAGGAUUAACUGUGUGUUUGUUGACUGUUGUCAAAGAAAUGAGCUUUAAAAAAAUCUUCACAUAAGAUAUAUCUUUUAUAUAGGAUUAAAAUGAACAUUGAUUACUUAUAUAAUACUCUAGAUCUCUCCCCUUCUUUGUGGCAGACCUUUUUUUCAUGUCUGUACAAUUCAAAUGCAGUAAUGGGAUAGAACCCAAAACACUUUACUGAUAUGCUGAAGAGACUAGACUUUGUGCACCACGAGGCACCACCACCCAGAGCUCGAAAGAUUUGGCACUGGGAGACCCACUGUGGUUGUUCCUACUGUCUCUCUAGAUGGGAAGAAGCAGACGGGAAGAACCAAGGUGAAUCUUCCAAUGCCAAACCAGGCAGGAACAACCAAAGUGAAUCUUCCAGGUUGUUCCCAACUGCUUUACAGAGAGGGAAUGAACAAAACAUCUGGGAUACAGAUAAUCUCUAACACCUUUUGUGAAAUUCACUCCGGAGAGCUGCAGAAAGUAUGGUGUGGAGCUGAAUGUUAGUCCUGUGAGAAAACAGCAGCUGAGAAUGAGCAGUCACAGUGGAAAUUCUCUCCUUUCUGAACUUUCUGUUAGAGCUGGCUCCAACCACAUUGCUGAACUGGUAUCCUCUUGUCCUUUCUGAUUCCUCCCUCCAUAGAUAGUUGCUUAGGAAGGAUUUCAGGUCAGAGAAAUGCUUUUUUCUAUUAAAAAUACUCAGCAGAUUGAAUGAUUUAUUCUAAAACGAAGAUCAUACAUUUACUAAUUAAGCUAUCGAUAAAAUAUAGACUACAAAAUCUGUGUACUUUUGAGUUUGUUUUCAAGAAAACUCAUGAAAUAUUUGAAGUAUUUAAAUGGAAAAGAAGAUGGAAGAUUAGGGUUGAAAAUACUCACUUUGACUUAGUUCUCUAUAAUUUCCACAUGUUUUUAAUAGCCUUGUGGUAAAACCCAAUAAAACCACUAGAAGCAAUGAAAUCAUAAUGAAACAUCUCAAGGUCAGUCUUGUUUUUCUUUUGUUUUGGUUUUUUUUGGUUUUGCCAUCUAGCCCAUACAGUAUUUAUAGCAGAUGUGAUGUGAGAUAUCUGUGAACAUAAAACACUUCUCAUUUUGCUUCCCCUGCUUUUUCCAUCUUAUUAAAAUACCCUUCUUUCUGGAGAAAAAAAGAAAAAGUGGUAGAGAUAUUACAUCCUUAUUAGGGAAGUUCAAAAGCAACCAUUAAAUACACUAAGUUUCAUGUGGUGGGUCAAGUCCUGGCUUUCAGCUAGCAUUGUGUGCAGACAUGCAAGUGUAUACUUCAUUCCUAAAUGAAAUGCAGAUACUUUGUGCUGAAAGAAGACUGCUUUUAAAGCAACAGAUGCAGACUCUGUACCUUACGGAAGAAAAUGUAAUCAUUUAAUUUAAACUCCUUCAGAAACAGUAUUUGUUCAUUCUUGUGCUCAACAGAAUACUCUGUGCUACUUUGGAAGGAAGGCCAGUAUGCCCUACCACUGAAGUCUUUGUGCAAGUACAAAUAACUUUUCAUCCUAUCACAGAUAGGAGAAAGAAGAAUGGUUCCAUUAACUGCAUAGUCUGUUCCAAGAGUUUUCACUGGGCACUAGCCAAGAAAUAGCUGUGAAGGGGUGACCAGUGAGUCACAGCUGCCUGCGGAUACCUACAGACCUGUCCACUUCGUCUUUAGUGGCUUCUGCAAGCAGAAGCUUUGCAAGGAGAGAGAUGGCUUGCUCCAUCCCUACAUCUUCAGCUGUUGCUUCCCUCUCAUCUUGGAGCCAGCAAGGAAAGGAGGUUUGAUUCUAUUGCAGGAGAACUUCUCUUCGCCUAUCAAUACUCACAAUCUUGUCUUCCUGAAGCCUUCUUUAUUUCUUCCCCAAAAUACCACUCUCUCAGCAACAGACUGCUAUGAUUUUUCUUUGACAGCCUGCAGGAUAUUUGAAACAUCCUGUGACACAAAUCUACAAAUCUUCCAAAAGUCUCCUCUGUGCCAAACCUAUUCCCAUAUAUUAUCUAUGGUUAUGGGCGUGCUACUGUUGCUACUAUAUCAAUGAUGGAACCUGAGGUUUUGUCACAUAAAACAGGAGCCUGGCAAUUCCUGUGAAUAUUGUGGAUAGUGAUCCUGUGCUUCCAGCCAGCCCAGAAGCAGCUAAUCCAAGGUAAUCACGAGUCCCCUUUAAUGCGUUAUGUAACCAUCUCCGUCUUCACCCAGUUUAUCCUCACUUUGCAAAACCCUAUUGAACUAGAAAACUUCUCUUUCUCUGUUUAUACAUGGGAAGCAAACCCUGCAUUCUUGUGGUCACUUGAUCAUGAGAUCACAUGAGAAGUGUGAGAUAGUGAAUAAUGAACUGAACUUCAGCAGUGACCACUCUUCCUGUUCUAUUGAUCUCAUCCAUUUGGGGUUUUGUGGGACAAACGCUCUUAAAAAUUCCAGACAUAUCAAUUAGUGUGCUCCAAAGUAGUUAAUGACGAAUGUAAUUCUGAGUACGUAUUGCCUCCUUAGUUGUACGUGGAAUCAUAAGCUGAAGUGAGAAAGUUAAUAAACAUAUUUCAUUUGCAGUUCAGCCCUUCGAGAAUGGAUGCAUUAAACUUUGUCUGUUCUGUGGCCUCUUUUUAAAAUGUGGCAAAGCCAGAUAUUUUCCAGCCAUUAUUAUUACAAAAAGAUGUGUUCCCGCACGGCAAGAUAGGCAGCAGUAGCGUCCCUGUGGAAAAACCUACAUUGCUUUUUCUCCUUACUGUAUUUAGUCCUCAGCUGGAGGGCUGUGAUCUCAGCCAGCUUAGUGCCUGGAAGGGAAAGCCAGCAAUUCCUCAUUGCCACCGUGGCCGUAGUGAAAGAUAGCUGUCUUGAUGUAAAAACACACCUGGUCAUUCAGUAGAAACAGUACUUAGCAUCAGGCAAGAUCAAAGGCAGCCAGAGUUUUCCAGAUUCAUUCAUUUCCCAGGUUGCCCAUUUAGCUCAUACACAUCAACCACCUUCUGCUAGUAGUUACCUCACUUUUAUGGAAAGCACAAAAAGGACUGAGGUAAUUUCCAAGACUAUCCAUCUGGCUUGAGGAUGAAGCUUUCCAUCUGCUUUGAAAGUAUUACAAAUUAGCGCGCUGUUAAAAAGGGACUAAAAUUACUGUUUGUUGCGGAGUUGAAAGGGAGAGCUCAUCAAAUGGUGAUAUUACAGAGUUACUCUAUUCCUAAGUGCUUUCCAAUUGCUAGCAUAGAAUAGAGGAAGUCUACGAUUUAAUGUUUUGUCUAAUCAUUUAGAUAAUCUUAUUUGUAUGUUGGGAUAUAUUCAGGUGGCACAAAUAAGCUCAGCUGCAAUGAAGACAUUUAAAUGCCAUCAAUUAAGACUAGCCGAGAAUAUCAGUAACUGCAUUAGUUCCAUAAACUUCUAGAUGUGGGUUGGCUGCCAAAAGCUCUUGUGAGUUAGUGGGAUGUGUAAGUUUUCUGGUAGUGUCUCUUUCUCCGAGUUGUCAUUCUUGCACAAGGAUUUAUUACAGUAAUUCAGCACCUCAAAACUUCCUUGGCACUAGCAAAACCCUCAAAAACCUGCUUUAAGAUGUCAUUAAUUAUGUUUUAUGCCACAGCAAUCUGCAGCAGUUUCUUUCCUCUCAGUAGUAUCUCUAGAGCAAAGCAGUUGCAAAUUAACCAGCAUAAAAUGACUGUCUGUGGUAAGCAUGUGUUAAUUUGCUUUGCUCCCUAAAUUAUUUCUCCCAUAGCUGUAUACAACGCAUCACUCUUCUUCAUUAUCUUCUCUCUCUCGUCCUCAAGCUCUCCCCUACUGUGUCUUGAGUAUACUGUAACUGGCUAAGUUCCCUUUCUUUUUAGCAGGGGGAGGCAACUUCAAAAUACAGUUGAAUGUUACCAGUUAAGAAAUAUGUUUUUUCCACAGACAUUUGGGAGUAUUCCAUGCAAACUGAUGUAAUUAAUGAUUGAUUGAUUGAUUGAUUGGUUGAUUGACUGAUAUUUUUAAUAUAAAUGUUUUGAGACCAUAACGGUCAUGUUUGUUUUUAUGCUGUGGAAGUAGGAGAAACAUAUUUACCAACACCAAGCGUACUCUCUAAUUCGAUAAUCAACAGCUUCAUUAUUUUUGGUGGAAGGAGGUGUGAUUAUAGCUGGAAAACAUAAACUGUGUUGAGAUGCUUAACAACAAACUGUGACACAGAGAAAAUAGCUAACAUGGAGUAAAGCUUACUUUAAGUUAUUUUAACUUCAGUGUUUCCCUCUCCACAGUUAACCGUGCUGUCUUGUGUUCUUAGUACAGAAUGACUGCAGUAGCAGUCAGAUGCUCCAGCCAAGGUUGCGCUACGCUAGGUAACAUAUUUUCCAGAACAAACAAACUAAAGUGCUGUAGGCCUCUUGACAACAGUACUCGAU